AUGGCGCAGACAGGCGAGGGACGAAGAAGCCGCCUCUGGACCAUCCACACACACCCACACGCCUCAUGGACAUGGCUCACGCCCACACCCUCCUCCCCACCACGCCCCCUUUCCGCUCGUCCACCCCCUGACCCCUGCCGCAAGCUCGGCGUACGGUACGGUACCGCCUCUCGCUCUGGCGUUGCUGCUGCCGCUGCCGCUUGCUCGCUCUCGUCGGUUUUGUACUUGUUGCUCUGCCCUACGAGUGUCGACAUUACAGGAAAAGCACCCCUCCGCCCCCUGGGUGUUGGUCCCCUGUCCUUUUUGGGGGUUCACCAUCUGGAGGAGACUGAUCCGCGUCGUCCACCGGGUCCCAAGUGCCAACAGCAAGCAAGCCACGGCCGUCGAACCCAUGUGCCCCCGGUCUGCAAGAUGUGGUGGUCUCUUGUCUCUGCGUCUGUCUCUCUCUCUCUCUCUCUCUUGACAAGAGCGUAG